UUUCUGCAAUUCCGAACUUCUCCUCCGACCUACCCCACUACAUUCCACCCCAUGCCUCCCUAUAUAAAAUAGAAUUGCGCCGCCCCCUCUGUUCCUUCCCUUCUCCACCUGUCUCUACAUACAAAUAUACAUAUAUAUGUACGUAUAAUGUAUGUAUAUAUACCUAAAUAUGAAACUAGAUUGAUUUACUAUUCAUGGAUUUGAUAAUGAUAUAAUUUGUUUGAAGUCUUUGAGGAAUCAGAAGAAAAAAGUAAAUAAGGAAUCAGAAGGAAAAAACAAAGUAAAUAGGAAUAAUGAGAACGCUCUGUGAUGUUUGCGAGAGUGCAGCAGCUAUUCUUUUUUGUGCAGCCGACGAGGCAGCUCUUUGCAGUUCUUGUGAUGAUAAGGUCCAUAUGUGCAACAAGCUUGCGAGUAGGCACGUGCGAGUUGGGCUUGCUGAGCCCAGUGCAGUUCCACGCUGCGACAUAUGCGAAAAUGCACCUGGUAUGCAGUUUCCUGGGGAUAAAUCUUCACGUUUAGACGAGCCAGGAUCACAACAAGGUGAUCUGGGUGAAGCUAAGAGGGAAUCUAUUGAGCCCUCUAACUUUAAACGGAAGGAAAAUCAACAAAAUCACAUGGCAUCUUUGAUUCCAAUGCUGGGUAAUAACAGUACCCCUGAUGGGAAAAUGGAGAAUAAGCUGAUUGAUCUCAAUGCCAGACCUCAACGGAUGCGUGGACAAGCUCCAAAUGACCAGGAACAAGUGGAUACUUUGAUUGGCAAUCAUCAUGAAGAUGCAAGUUUGGUUCCAAAUGGAUACUUCAAAAGCGAGCCUGAGAAUUGAUGAAGUUAUAGACACAGUGGAUUUAAGGCAGGAUGGGAUUUGCAGAGCAGCAACUCUGCGACAUCUAACCGUAGCGUUUUCCUUUACAACCACUGAAGUCUCAUUUCAACUAGUGAAAGCUAAAGGGAGAAAUAUUGUGCAGCCUCCCGUGAAUAAAUCUGACAUUGAGUAGAGUGAAAUGUAGAUAAUCUCAUGUAAACUAGAUCUUAUGAAAGCAAAAGGCAAUGGGGACAGAAAAUUAGUUAUUAUUAUUUUUUUGUAAUUAUUUCGUUUGCUAGAUGUGUAUUAUGCAUAUAUUGUGACCAAACAAGUAACUUAAAUCUUUGCUUAGCAGGAAAUGGUUACAUGGCCAGUCUUUUCUCGUUC